CACGCUGUCAUAUGACACCCACCCCAUGAUGCAGCAGCCAGUACUUUCCAACACAGAGCUGGGUGUCUGGCUGAACUAGUUCAGCCUCUGAGGAAUGUGUUUGUGCAAGUCUGUACUUUGCCCUGCCCCUUACUUGGAAUAAUGAUGGCUUGACUCAGUGUUCCAGGAAAAACAAUCUCUAUCGACUGAGACAAAGACUUAGCUGAGCGCUAAGGCAGUUGAAUCUAUCAACACAUGAAAAGAAACAAACAUGUCUUAGAGGGUGAUCAGAGCUGUUUUGAAGAGGGUGAUCAGUUCUAUGUCAACUGGUUAUACAAUAACAAGUCAAACGGGUUUGACUACUUUACUGAGAGAGAUACUCAACCCAUGUUGUUGACUUUGUUGGAAUUAAAGGGUUUCUAAGCAUGGAUCUUGUCAAACAUACAGGAGGCUGCCACUGUGGGGCUGUUAGAUUUGAAGUCUGGAGUUCCCCAGACAUCCAUGUUUUUGAAUGCAACUGCAGUGUUUGUACAAAGAAACAGAACCAUCACUUCAUUGUGCCAAAGAGUAACUUAAAAAUCUUACAGGGGUUGGAAAAUCUGACCACGUACACAUUUAACACUCACAUUGCUCAACAUACCUUCUGUAAAACCUGUGGGGUUCAAAGUUUCUACUCCCCACGCUCCAACCCUGAUGGGUACGGUGUUGCUCCACAUUGUUUGGAUCCAGGUACCAUCCGCAGCAUCACAGUGGAGAAGAUUGAUGGGCAAAACUGGGAAAAAAGUGUGCUAGCUCACAAGACCAUCAGAGACAUGUCUAAACAACAUGUUGUGACAUGUCCUCCAACAGAGACACAGCUGAAAGAAACAGACUGAAACUGCUAACACAAAUCAAACUCUUUAAUCUAGUAUAUCAGUGGUGUAUCAAGUAUAUCAGAAAAACUGUACAGUGUUUUCAACAAUCUUUAAAACUUGCAUGAAAAAGGUUAAAACCUUGGUGUUGUUCUAUACAGUGUAAAGACAGAAAAAAUAAAGAGCGUUUUCACAAGAA